GUGAAAUUUGAUAGUGGAGUAUUACUGCUUAGCACACACAGACUGAUCUGGAGGGAUCAGAAAAAUCAUGAGUGCUGCAUUGCUAUACCUCUGUCUCAGGUCGUUUUUAUUGAAGAGCAAGCAGCUGGUAUAGGAAAAAGUGCCAAAAUAGUAGUUCAUCUUCAUCUUGCUUCUUCGAACAAAGAGCCUGGUCCAUUCCAAAGCAGCAAAUAUUCCUACAUCAAACUUUCUUUCAAGGAACAUGGGCAGAUUGAGUUCUAUAGACGAUUAUCAGAAGAAAUCACACAAAGGAGAUGGGAGAACAUGCCUACCGGUCAGACCAUUCAAGUUAACAAGGAUUCACAGGCAGGAAGAAUAAGGGCUGUAGGAAUUGUAGGGAUUGAAAGGAAAUUAGAGGAAAAAAGAAAAGAGACUGACAAAAACAUUUCCGAGGCUUUUGAGGACCUUAGCAAACUAAUGGAGAAGGCUAAGGAAAUGGUGGAGUUAUCAAAGUCAAUAGCUAAUAAGAUUAAAGAAAAACAAGGUGACAUCACUGAGGAUGAGACUAUUAGGUUCAAGUCUUAUCUACUGAGUAUGGGUAUAGCCAAUCCAGUUACUAGGGAAACAUAUGGAUCUGGUACACAUUACCAUAUGCAACUGGCGAAGCAACUAGCCGGAAUACUGCAGGCACCGUUAGAGGAGCGAGGAGGGAUCAUGUCACUUACAGAAGUAUACUGUCUGGUAAAUCGUGCACGAGGAUUAGAGUUGCUGUCACCAGAAGAUUUAGUAAAUGCUUGUAAGAUGCUCGAGUCACUGAAAUUACCACUAAGGCUUCGGAUAUUUGACAGUGGUGUGAUGGUGAUUGAACUCCAGUCUCAUAACGAAGAGGAAAUGGUAGCUUCUGCUUUAGAGAUGGUAUCUGAAAAGGGUUCUCUCACAGCUGACGAGUUUGCUAAGCUGGUGGGAAUGUCUGUUCUCUUAGCCAAAGAAAGGCUGCUUCUUGCUGAAAAGAUGGGCCAUCUUUGCAGAGAUGAUUCGGUGGAAGGCUUGAGAUUCUACCCAAAUUUAUUUCUGACACAAAGCUAAUGUAGUUUGUGUACAGUUUGUUGUGUAACAGUUGAACAAGAGAGCAGAGAGCAGAACCCUUCCAAAAACUGACUCUAAAUUUUUUAUUUUGUUAGUCAACUGCAACAGUGAUGAACAUUGCAAUGCUUUACAGUUCUCAGGUAUUUCAAGUGCUGAAUCCUCUUACAUGGAACUGAAAGGAAAUAGGAAUCACUAAGUCAGAAGC